GUCCUGAGAAGACGAAAACAAGCCCUCCAGCCUCACAAUUUAUGGAAUCCUCAGAGAUUGAAUGAAAGGUUUUAUGAAUUGCUGCUUGCAAAUUUAUAAACCUGGUUUGAAAACUGGAGUCUUCAGAUACGGAAGUCUCCAACUCUCCAUGUCUAAAGUUCACAACUUCUGAGUUAGUGGUUAGUGGUUCGAGAAGCAAUGGCGUUGUCUCCCAAGAAGGUUACGCUGAUCAGUUCCGUCGGAGAGCGUUUUGAGGUGGAGGAAGAGGUGGCGCUGGAGUGUCAGACCGUCAAGCUUAUGAUUGAGGACGAAUGUGCCGACGGUGACAUCACCACUCUCGAUGUGUCCGGAAAGAUUCUGGGGAUGGUGAUCGGGUACUGUAAGAAGCACGUGGAGUCGAACAAGUCUGGAGAUAGCACUGCGGUCAAGACUGAACUUAAGGCCUGGGACGCGGAGUUCGUCGAGGUGGACACGGACCAACUCUAUCAUCUCCUCCUGGCUGCAAACUAUCUAAACAUCCCAAGGCUGCUCGAACUACUUUUCCAAACUGUGGUUGACAUUAUUAGGGGAAAGACUCCGGAGGAGAUUAGGGAGGUAUUUGGCAUCAAGAAUGACUUUACCCCUGAGGAGGAAGCAGAAUUUCGCUAGAAGCACCGGUGGGCAAUCCUAUGAAUUCUUUGGUUGUAGGUUUUAAGGGGAAAUGUUGUGAACAGUAACUGCAUUCAGAUUAAGCUAAAUAUACUACUGCGAUUUAGCAUAAGGUUGUAUUAGGAAUAGUUAUAUCAUAUUAUGUACAACAGUGUUUUUUUUUUUUUUUUUUUUUCCCAUUUGAAACUCGGUUGCAUGGGUAGAAAACAGAUUGUUUCUGGUCAAGGGUUUGAGGAUGUCUUCAUGCUUUCAUCUUAGUUGUAAGCCGCGUUUUCGCGCAUGUUAUUUAGUAGUAUUAUAAUUCUUUCACAAUAAA